GGAGGAGGGGCGUCCUCAGUUGGAGCAGCGCGCGGGUACCACAACACGCGCUCCCAGCCUGUACCUACCGGUCAGCUUUGUAGGCUUUUUCAAAGCGACGUUUCCCAAAUCUGUCAGGAGUGAAGCUGCCAACCUCACAGCUCCAUUACAUCCCAAAACCUGGUGGGAUCACUGAUGACCUUUGUUGCUGCCCUCACCGUCUCCUGUUAUCCUGCUGCUCUUCCUCCCUCUCCCUCUCCUCCCCCUUUCUUAAACUCCCCUCCCCUCCUCCCCUGUGUCUCCCAGCCUGAGGCUUAUUACUCAAACCCACUGAAGGGAGCAACACAGUAGCUGGCAAAGGAUGAAGCGGGUCUGCCUGCCAACACCAGACAGAGGAUAGAAGACACAAAAGGACUAGCGAAGGGGAGAGAGACAGGGAGAGACAGAGCGGACGACUAGUGGAGAGAGCUGCGACGGGGCUUUGGGAGAAGCGACAACACUGAAGAUGCCACGCCGAAGGAAAAACACAAGUUUCACUUGAGCGUCAUGAGCUAACAAGGGGCCCCUAACAGAUAUAGAACUACUGACUUCUGAACAAACUUCUGAUUCCCCGCACACACAUAAACACACACACACACAAACACAUCUGCUUUCGGGGGCUCCUUGUUAACACCUGAUAUGCCUCUGUAAGAAGUGUGCGCCAUGCCAGCCAAGGGGAAGUACCUGUUGAACGACCAGGAGCUGAAAAAUGAGGCACUAUACCGCAAAUUCUCUUGCAACAGCCAGUAUCAGCCACUGGUGCUCCUGCUGGGCCUCUCCAUGCUCUCCUGUGGAAUCCUCCUCAUCCUCUUCUUUGCCCUUCAACUGAAUGCAAAGGAUCACUGCGCCUUUGUGAGCGUGGUGAGCGGCAGCCUGUGUGUGUUUCUGACCGUGUUUGUGCUCGUGUGCACGGAGAUGCUCUCACAGCGAUGGAGGCAUCUGCUGGGCCUCAUUGUGUGGGCCACACACCUCACCAUGGGCUACACCUUCAUCUUCAGUGGCCCCAUCAUUCUACCUUGGGACCAGGUGCCUUUCUUCCUCUUCAUCAUCUUCACCGUGUACACCAUGCUGCCAUUCCAGUUGUGGUACGCUGUGGUACUGAGCGUCAUCUCCUCACUGUCCCACAUCAUGGUCCUCACUGUGCGCCUCACCAUUUACGAAAAGAAACCCCCUCCUUACCUUGCCAACCAGCUGCUGUCCAAUGCAGUGGUGUUUCUGUGUGGCAGUGUGGUGGGAGCCUUUCAUAAGGUCCUGAUGGAGAAAACCCUGAGGCAGACCUUUCAAGACACCCUGAGGUGCCUGAGCAUGCGGAUGAAGCUGGAGAUAGAAAAGAGACAACAGGAGAACCUGCUGCAGUCUGUGCUGCCAGUCUACAUCUCCAUGAAGAUGAAGCUGGCAAUCAUGGAGCGCUUGCAAGACUGUAAAGACAAAGAAGAACAACAGCGACUGGUCAAAGAUAACAACUUCCACAGUCUUUAUGUCAAGAGGCACGAGAAUGUCAGUAUUCUAUAUGCGGACAUUGUUGGCUUUACCCGAUUGGCCAGUGACUGUUCUCCAAAAGAGCUGGUCAUUAUGCUCAACGAACUGUUUGGCAAGUUUGACCAAAUUGCAAAGGAAAAUGAGUGUAUGAGAAUCAAGAUCCUUGGAGACUGCUACUACUGUGUGUCGGGGCUGCCGGUCUCUCUGCCUAAACACGCCAAGAACUGUGUCAAAAUGGGCCUGGACAUGUGUGAAGCCAUCAAACAGGUACGGGAGGCCACAGGAGUCGAUAUCAACAUGCGAGUGGGUGUUCACUCGGGCAAUGUGCUCUGCGGUGUCAUCGGCCUUCGCAAGUGGCAGUUUGACGUGUGGUCACAUGAUGUCACGCUGGCCAAUCACAUGGAGUCAGGAGGCCUUCCAGGACGCGUUCACAUCACAGAGGCGACUCUGAAGCACCUCAACAAGGCUUAUGAGGUGGAAGAUGGCAACGGCCACCUCAGGGACCCCUACCUUAAAGAGCUCAAUGUUCGAACCUACCUGGUCAUUGAUCCACGGUCGAAGGACCCGUCAUCGAACAGCCGUACUGUGCCUAAACCUAGAGUUAAUGAUGGUCUGAAGAUGAGAGCAUCCGUGCGUAUGACCCGUUACCUGGAAUCUUGGGGGGCCGUCAAGCCUUUUGCGCACCUUCAGAGCCGAGAGGGCUUCACCCCAGAUGCUAUUGUCAACGGCAAGACACGCUUCAAGGACAUUCCUCUACGAGCAGCCCCCAGCUCCAAGAUCCCUGAGAGCUUUGAUGAGUCUCUAGAAGAACCGUUCUCCUUGCCUACCACUCCGUUCAGCAGCUAUAAGAACAAAUCCCAGAAGAGUAAGUUUGAUGAGGAGCUGCACAACGAGAUGACUACCACCAUCGACGAACUCAGCAGCAAGCAGUGGUCUAAGUCUGAAGAGAGUAGCAGUUUAGCUCUGUGGUUUCCCAAAAAAGAUCUGGAAAAACAGUACCGAGCCCUGGACUUGCCGAUGUUCAAACACUAUGUUGGCUGUGCCACCGUCAUCUUCCUCUGCAUCUUUCUGGUCCAGAUGUUUGUCACAAAGGAUCGACAGAUGUUGGCGAUGUCAUUCGGAGCGUUGGUCUGUGUGCUGCUGCCGACUCUGGCCAUCUGUUUCGCAGGUCACUUUCAGCGCCUCUUUCCAGAGAAGCUGUCGAGGUGUCAGUGGCUGCCAGCUGUGUCGGAGGCGGUGGUGAAGCGGCCAUGUGUGCGCCUCCCACUGGCAACCAUCACUACUAUGGUCAUCAUAAUCUUGGCAGUCUUCAACCUGUGCUUCGUCCAGACGCCGGUACCAGGAUGUCCCACUGAUAUUGGUGACCUGCGGUACACAAAUGAUUCCCAUGAGCAGGGAGAGGGAAGUCUCUUCUACCUGCCUUACUCUGUGUACUGCUGUAUCCUAUCACUGAUUGCAUGUGGAGUCUUCCUCCGUGUGAGCUUUGAGCUCAAAGUGCUCUUCCUCGCUCUGGCCUCCACCGCAUACUCCAUCAUCAUCCUCAGCACCAAGAGGGAACUUUUUGUGAUUUACGGAGAGAUCCUCUACGCUCCGCAUCACUACAGCUGGAAUUGCAGCAGCAGUGAUCACACCAUCCUGAGCUGGAUAGGGCUGGUGAAACACCCCCAGGCGAUGAGCUGCAUAUAUAUCACCCUGUUUGUGGUUACUAUGCUCAUCAUCUCACAACAGAAUGAGUCCUGCUUUCGCCAGGACUUCCUGUUAAAGUAUAAGAACCGCACAGAGCAGGACGAGAUUGAGACCAGGGAGAACCUGAACCGCCUGCUGCUGGAGAACGUGCUGCCGGCUCACGUGGCAGCGUUGUUUGUUGGGGAGAAUAAAAAGAAUGAGGACCUCUACUACAAGUCGUAUGACUGCGUGUGUGUGAUGUUCGCCUCAGUGCCGGAUUUCAAAGAAUUUUACACUGAGUGUGAUAUCAACAAGGAGGGCCUGGAAUGCCUGAGGCUCCUGAACGAGAUCAUUGCUGACUUUGACGAGUUGCUGUCCAAACCAAAGUUCAGCGGUGUGGAGAAGAUCAAGACAAUUGGCAGCACUUACAUGGCUGCUGCGGGGCUAAGUGGAACGCCUGGUCAGGAGAACAAUCAGGACAAAGAGAGGCAGCAGGCCCAGAUCGGGAUCAUGGUGGAGUUUGCCAUCGCUCUGAUCGGCAAGUUGGACGGCAUCAACAGACAUUCCUUCAAUAGCUUCAGGCUUCGUGUGGGUAUUAAUCACGGCCCAGUAAUAGCCGGAGUGAUCGGGGCGAGGAAACCUCAGUAUGACAUCUGGGGCAACACGGUGAACGUAGCCAGCAGAAUGGAGAGCACCGGGGAGCUGGGAAAGAUCCAGGUGACAGAGGAAACGUCUGGCGUGCUGACGAAGCUGGGCUACUCGUGCGAGUGUCGAGGAUUUAUCAAUGUCAAGGGCAAAGGGGAGCUGAAAACCUUUUUUGUGUGCACCGACAUGAGCAAGCAGCAGGGUAUGGGGCUGAGCUGAGGCCAGGCUGCCAGAGCCAACAUUUGAGACUGGUGUGAAACAUGCCAAGUUUACACGCUCCUGCACGCCGCAAGUGUUGAGACAGAACUGACUGUGAUACAGCUGUGUUCCUGUGAUGUUAAUGAACGGAAAUACAGACCGCUGCGCUGCACGGUGGAUGUGACACUGAAUCCAACACUUUUUACUGCAGACUUUUUGAACGGAGCCGGAUUUGGCAGUCAUGGUGGAGAGAUGGUCAGUACGUACAAUCACGGUCUUUUUCUACUCGCCAACACGUUUCACGUCGUGAGCAGUCACUUUUGUACUUUUUUGUCUUUAACUUAGAUGUUUGCUAAUGGAAAAAUGUGCAUCGUCCCAACGCCAAAUACAUUAGUCAUUUUUUGAAGACCUCUCCGGCCCUUUACAAAACAAAACAGUGGAUUCUGUUUGGAUCUUAAUUUGAAACCCAUCUGGUUUUCCUGUUUUGAGACGAGACGGACACACUGCUGUGUUACUGUGUAACGAGCAUGACGUAUAUGAGAUGGUUGGCGGAGCUGUUUCAAUAACAGAAACAGGCUUGACAAAGAUAUAAAACCUCUUACUGCUCCUUUGUUUGGGACAUUCACUUUGCGAAAAGAAGUAAGUUUCACUUUUGGCUGAGCUGCAGAUCCUAAAGUUACAACACUUUAGCUCUUUCUGUGAACAUCUUUUAGGUUCCGGCCGUGUAGGUUGGCCACUGUAACAACUGUUAAUGACAAGAUAUUUGUGGCAUUUCAAGAGGACAUUCACAAAUCCACGUGCUGUAUGUACAUCACCUGUUUGUGUUUAUUAUGCUUGUCUGCAUAUAUGCUGCGAUGAGGGAAACCUGUGACGCUCUCCGUGGUGUCCUCAAUCUGUGUGAUCUAACAAUCUGCCUGCCGUGAAUGUUUUUCUGCCUCCGGCUCAGACGCUCACCUGAGCUGAUGUUUGUUUGCUCCGUGUGUCUCUGAAAAAACUUGAUCUGUCUUGUGGCCUUAUCUUUUGAGACCGUCACUUUGUCUGUGAUUGUGGUUACAUAAUAGUAAUAUUAAUAAUAGUGAUAACAAUAAUAAUAAUAAUAAUAUUGUAUUGGCCUUUAUGUGAACAAAUGUGACAUUGAAUUUUGUACAGUUACAGAAUGUAAUAAAUGUUUUCAUAAGUCUGCA